AUGAUGCCGGAAAGUAUAAAACAAAACAAAGGUCGUACGACAUUACAACAUUUAAGCGAACCAUGGCGUUGUUGGAAAGCUAGUAUACCAGGGAAAGUACCACCUUUACCUAUACGUAUUGAAAAUAGGAUAGUACGGUAUGUUAAAGCCAAAGCCGAUUGGUGGACAUCAACAGCACAUUACAAUCGAGAACGUAUACGACGUGGUGCAACGCUUGAAUCUCGACGUUUUUCACCAAUACCAUUUCCACCAUUGGCAUACAAACACGACACGAAAUUACUCAUUUUAGCAUUAGAACGUUUGAAAGAAGCUUACAGUCAAGCAUACAACAAUCCACACGAAGCAUUAUCACGUAUCAAACGUAAUCUUCUAACACAACGUGCAUUUCAAGAAUGCGUAAUUGAAUCUAUGGAUUUAUAUAGUCAUUUAAUACCGGUUUAUAAUGUUGAACCAUUAGAGAAAAUUGCUGAUGCUUAUUUAGAUCAAUAUUCAUGGCAUGAAGCCGACAAACGUCGACUUCUUCCAGCUUGGAUUAAUGCGGCUGAUAGCGAACCACCACCAUUGCUUGUUUACAAAUGGUGUCACGGUAUAAACAAUCUUCAAGAUAUUUGGGAUACAAAUGAAGGUUUACAACGUGCAUCGGAUAUGACUGGUUUACCACAAACAUCCAAUGAUUUCUUAACAUUUCAAGAAGUUAUCAUUGAAAUAGAACAUCCAAUACGGCUUUAUUGUCGAUACAUUGAUCGUAUACAUAUGUUCUUUCGUUUUACAGCUGAAGAAGCCCGAGAUUUAAUUCAACGUUGUUUAACUGAACAUCCUGAUCCAAAUAAUGAAAAUAUUGUCGAUUAUAAUGAUAAAAAUGUUGGUCACGUGCUGCACGCAUGGAGCUAA